UGUUGGUAUGUUCGCAGGUGCAAGUCGCCCUGCAGCGCCGCAUGUCCGCCUUGCCAGGAGAAGUGUCGCUGGAAAUGCUCCCACAGCCGCUGCGAUAAAAUUUGUGGCGCUCCUUGCACUCCGUGCCAGGAGCCCUGCAGCAGCAAGUGCGAGCACCAGGCGGUGCGGUGCUCGAAGAAGUGCGGUGAGGCCUGCGACCAGAAGCCCUGCGAGGAACCGUGUCCCAAAACACUCAAAUGUGGCCACCCUUGCGUGGGUCUCUGUGGAGACCCCUGCCCUCCGCUGUGCCGCGAAUGUAACUUCGACAAGCUUACGGAAUUCGAACUCGUCUGCAACGAAAAGGAUCCAGACUCCCGGUUCGUGCUGCUGCAAGACUGUGGUCACACCAUUGAACACGAUGGCCUCUCUGGCUGGCUCAAGCACAAGGCCGACAAUAGCGUACAGAUGAAGCAAUGCCCGCGUUGCAAGACGCCCAUCUACAACAACCGUCGUUUCAACGCUCUCAUCCUCGAGACUUAUAAGGAUGUGCAAACUGUGCUCUUCAAACAUAGGGGCCAGCAAGUUCCUACCUUGAAACAGAUCGUGGACAAAUUCUCAACAGAAAACAUGGUCAAUGACGCGGGACGGCCUGGUCUUGAACUGGACAAUUCCCUGUUUUUCCUGGAUUGCAUCACCAAGAGUCAAAUGCGCAAGACCAUCUUCAACUACAUGAACGCGCUGCAAUCUUCUAAACUCAAGGGACCGAAAGCUCGCCCGAAAGAAUUCAAGUUGGAUGCUGCACAGCUACAUCUGUUGAAUUUCCAAGCGGAUGUGGUCAUCAUGGCCAAGAAGAUCCACGAUGAGCUUGACAGGUCGCAUAGAAAAGACCUGGAGCGCGUUAUGGAGCAAGUCAUGAGUCAGAAUGUAAGCGUGGUGAGUCAGUUCAUGGAGGAGGUGCACUGCGAACUUCAGCGCAUUCGCUACGUAUCGAUCAUGAAGAGCGUCCGAACUCGUGGUCACAACGAUCGGUUCUUGGAGACUGUGCGAGAAAUCGACGCACUCAUGGAGCCAACCCGCGUCUUCACAACGCAAGUGGAAAGAGACGUGAAAGCGCUUCUAAAGAUUUGUGAGACUUUCAUUGGUGGCCUGGGCAUCUCAAACGAAGAGAGACUUCUAGUUUUGAAGGCAAUGUAUAACGUCACGAAGGGUGCGUGGUACAAGUGCCCCAAUGGGCACAUUUACUGCAUUACCGAGUGUGGUGGCGCAAUGGAGACAGGCGUGUGUCCUGAUUGUGGCGCUAUUAUUGGCGGAGGUAGUCAUCGUCUUCGCCCUGACAACAGCGUGGCGUCUGAAAUGGAUGGAGCGACCGCCCAUGCCUGGCCGCAGUGAUAUUCUUGAAGCUUUCUUGUACAAAAAUAUUUGAACUUUAACUCCUCAAUGGGCUCGAUAGUGACUUUUUGUUCCAUACGUUGAUGUUGGGGGAUCUUGGAGGCCUUGUUUUCUUGCUUCUUCCCUUUCAUCGGAGUCGCAGUGCAAUUAUCCAACGAUGUUGUUCAUACAAUUUUCCAAUUUUUCUCUUGGUCUGCACGCGGAAGGUAUCUCGUUUCAUGAUUUUGAUUCUUACUCCUUCUUUUGGUAGAAUCGAAUGCCAUGCAAGGCUAAGGCUUUUGAAAUUUUUCAACUUUAAUAAUAUGCCAGUUUUUCCCGCGACAGUUCAUGAUUAUAUCUUUGUGUUGGUAAUAUCCCGGUACUACGUUUGGCUUAUUUUUCCUAAUGAUUAAUUGUGAUAUGCUGCAUGUGAUACUGCAGCUGCAGAUUUCCCUUUAGAUCGAUAUUCUACUAAGAAGUCUCGUGAAUCGGAUUUAACAUUAGCUUCAUCUUCGCUUAGUGGUAAUGAAGUAUUAUAUCAUUAGCAAUGUCGUUUGUCACAAAGGAUACUUUAUUAAAUGAUCUAAACUGU